UUCAUUCGCACAUUACUGAACAUAAAAAAAGCAAUAAGUGUGAAUCGCGCAAUCACUGAUGGCAAAAAACAAUAUUUUCUUUCAAGAGUUGAAUUGUUACAUUUGCUAUUAAGUAAUUGUAAGUAUCAUCAAUUACAGUCAGCGGACUGAUGAACAGUUAGUGUUAUUUAAUAAUUGAUAAAAUCGAUUGGCAAAGUCCGAUAAUUUGGAUUUUUAAAUUGUAUUGAUAUAAUUGAUCUUAGUUGAGAAAAUGUUCAGUGGAUUAAAGACCAAACAACAGCAUAAUAUCAAUUGCAUAAAUCAAAUACUCGGUCUAAACAUUCCGCAGAUCACUGCAGCUGUUCGUAAAGCAAUACGAAAUCAUAAUAUAUUUGACGGUGAUCGACCCACCACUGCCGACCUAUUAUACAUUGCCUUUGAAUGUCUGACCUCGUAUCUGGAAAACUUAGAUCUGCAGCGCAUCAGAGCCAAUGAACAAAGUCUUCUCGAAGAAAUCAAUCAGAUUGGGCAAAUUUUACAAAUUGUCAACGUAGGAAACCAUUUGCAGUACGUCGAUUAUCGGUUUCGCAUUUCCAGUGCAAUAUCGAGUAAGGUGUCUGACAAUAUGGUUUCGUUAACGUUAGCUGGCGUUUAUUUGGAAGCGGAGAAGGCGUUUAAGAAUAAGGAAAAACAUUUGUAUGCCAAGCGGCUCGACGUAAUAACAAGCGUGACACAAGUGACACAUAGAACACCGGAAAAUGCGUUGACCAGCAAUCAGUUAAAGUUUUGGUUCCAAAAUGUCAUUCCAUUGAUAUUCGAGGAAAACAAUGAGACCCAAAAAAGUGCGAUACGGGCUAUUGAAGCAGUACUUCCCUUCAUUCGACUGUCAUCACAUCAAGACCAUCCCGACUGGAUCGCGCUCGAGAAACGUAUCACCACUGAAUACUCAGACGCUGUAAUUGCAUUGCGGGAUAAAAGCGAUUCACUGUGGUAUAGGAUGUGGGGCAUACUCGUAAAGUUGCUGAAUAAAAAGUUGUUGAAGGGAGCGGCAGUGAUCAAUAAAUUUCUAUCGAUAUGUGAAAAUGGCUUCAAAUCGCCCAACUAUACGACACGAGCAGAAACGUUUUUGUGUUGGAAGGUUCUACUCGAAAUCUAUUCUCAGGACGCAAAAUAUUUAUCCGCAAAACGGAUCAAAUUGCUUUUGAUUCCGUUCAAACCGAUCGCGAAAACACCACAUAUUGCUCUAAACAAGUUUACCGUUUGGUGGUCGCUCAUUUGCAAAGUCGGUAACCAGAUCGAUCAAUACUACGACACGAUUUUGUCACCAUUUCUCUGGUUCUGUUUCGGUUUGACUGACAAGCCGAUCCUGACCAGAAGCGAUGACUCUGCCAUUCGACAAGAAAUAUAUCCCGAGCUGACGACCCGGUCAAUAUCAGCUUUGGUCAAUUUACUCGGUCCGGUGUUCAAUGAUGCUACAAGCUCACUUUGUAAAUCACUGCCGAUUGAACGGAUUCGAGAACCACUGGUUAUGCCCGGAUUACUGGAAAAUGUCGGACGAUUUUUGAUCAACUCUUGUGGUGAAGCAACUUUUCUCUUAAAGGAAAUCGAACUGGUAGACGCUCUGCCAGUAUGUGAAAAUUUAUGGUCGAAUAUGAUGAAUCGCAUGAAGGACAAUACCGAUCCAACGCUGUCGGAAUUGAUUCUACAGAAUUUGACCAUAUUGAUGAAUGCGUCGCAAAACGAUGAGCCAGCAAUAAAACUUGUAACGCAAGCCGCUUCAACUGUAUUGUCAUCGACAUAUUUGUUUCCAUUAAAUACCAGUAACGAUGUGGCAUACGGCAUAUUAACGCGAACAACAGACAUAUUAACAAGCAACUCCAUUCAGUUCAACGAAAUUACUCUGAAGAAAAUCAUCGACAAUCUUUUCGUGCUGUCAACGGAAACGAAACCAUUUCACUUACAAUUGCAACAAAUUUUGACUCUACUUCAAUCGCUACAGUUCGGUGUUAGAGUUGGUGCAUUUCUGUGGCAUAAAGUUGCGACACACAUUUUAGAGAAUGUGACUGCAGAUAUUGAUACACACAAAGAACUGAUUUAUACGUUUAUCGAAUGGGCCGUUACGAACGCGAAUGUCGAUCAGUUGACCAUUUUCUUGGAAACAUGGAAAAACUUGGCUCGCUUGUUGUUAAACAAUGAAGAGGAUGCUAUCUUUUGGCAACGCAUCAAUGUAAUUCUUCGGGCUCGUACCAAUGUAAACGACAAAAUAAUUUUCGAAUUCAUCGCAUCGGUUUGUCAGCUCAUCAAACCAGCAGAUCCAUUCCCCGCCAAAUUCAAGUCUCUCGUUGAAACCAUCAUUAAAUCCACACCAUCAUCACUCGCAACAAAACUGCUGCCUAUAAUCGAUGCAAUUUACAAACUUUCCGAACAAAUCACCGGCGAACAUUCAAAUGCAACGUAUCAUUCGCUCAACGAAUUGUUCACCUUGUCUGCAGCGAAAUUUGAUGUUACUUCGCACAGCCAGUUCGAUGUUUUCAACAAAUUUCAAAAGAAUUUUGAAAAGUUCUCCAAGAGCAACAAUCUGACUGCAAAGCCCUCGACGCCGAAAAGAGAUGAAUUUGUAUUUAUUCCAUCCAAAUGGCAGUUUCGACCUGAUAAUCUUACCGAACAUCAAAAGGAAAAACUUAAGGAGAAACGAGUUGAUAUACCAGCGUUGUAUAAUGACAUGAGUCAAUCGCAAGACAGUCAGAGUAUUAGCCUGAAGCCGUGGACACCAGGGAAAAAUCAACUACAAGUUGCUAAGCCUCUGAUUCAGGUUGUCGAAUCCAAAGUUGCGAAUACCAGUGAAACUACCGCAAAGCAUACGAACGGUGCUCUUGAUGAUCCGGCACCCGUAAUUCAACAAUCGCAAUCGCAGACCGACACAAUGGCAAGCACAUCAUUAGAUAGCAACAGGAGCAAUACAAUCAACCCCGACCAACAAACGCCAAGCAAACAGAAUGAAGAUGAACGGAAGCGCAGACGCGUCCAAAACGAGCUUAACAAACUCUCGAUGUCAAUUACGAACGCAGACGAAUUUAAAAAUCAGGCAAGAACACGGCGAAUGUCAGUUAAUCUAACAAAAUCCGAGCAACGAAUACGAAAGAGAGCUCUGACUAUCACGGAUAAAAUUGAACCGGCUAAACGAACAAGACGGGUAACAUCGACAUCCACUGAAUCUGAAAACGAUUCCAGUGAGGUCAUUGAAGCAUCUCAAACAACGCCUACUACUAGACGAAAUAGACAGAAAAGAGUUUCUCUAAGUAAGACACAGCUACCACCUGAUUGGAAGAGUGACAAGUCUGUGUCAGAUACGGAGAAACCGUCGAAGAAAAACGAAACAAAUGAUUCAAACCAGAAAGAAAAUGUGUUGCCAAACGUUUCUGUCGAUAGUCGAUCUAUUGGCGAAGAGACUCCAAAAGAAGCUGUAAAUGUUGUGAUUAAGCAGACAAAAAUCGACGUAAAACUUGAAGAUCAGGAAAAACCAUCUUGUGCAACACAAGAGAGUAACACAUUGGAAAAUGUGCAAGUCGAAAUUGUUAACUCAUCAACAGUAGAAGACAAGCCAGAUGAUUCAAUGUUGGUAGAGAAGUCGGAUGAAGCAGCAAUUCCCCACGAAAAUCUUCAACAAAGUCCAACUGAGAAUGCACAACUAGAAGUAACAGCGCCUGUACCUGAAGUUGUUCUCACUUCCCCCGUUAAAAAGCAUUCCGGUGACGAUCAUUCUCUCGAAUCAAGAAUGUCUGGCAUUAUAACUUCGCCAAGUUCCAGCAAGGAUUGCUCGAAGACAACAGAGCUGCUGAAUAGCACUGUUAACAUAUCACCCAUACCUCAUGCAAAAACUGCAAGACUUACGGAUGAAACAACAGAAUCGAAGAGCCACCAGGAAGCAAGCAGCACAGAAGUGGAAUGUUCUAACGAGAACAUCGACAAAGAUCAGAUAAAGCGAACCGAUUUGGAUAAUCUGAUCAAAACGCCAAUGGAUUCGCCAAUGUUACAAAAAACGUGCAACCUACCGUGUAACAGUACACCACAAUCGCAUAAAGAAACGAAACGGAAGUUUCCACAAGGACGAGGUGCCCAAUUCCUGCAAUUGAUGAACAUCCGAAAAAACGAAGAAGCUGUACAAAAGGCUAAGGCAGCAGUUAGUGUUAGUGAACCAACUGCAAUUCCUGUUCAAACCAACACUCCGAACACGAACAAUCUACCAUCAUACGAAGAGAUACUGGCGUCGAAUAAAGACCUGUUCCGGUUCACAAAAGUGCUACCAUCACCUCUAGCUAGUCCAUCCAGCAGUAUUAUGAAGCGAAAUAUCGAAGUAAUGGCUGCGGAAGAUACCGAGUCCCCAAGUCAAAAACGUAAACGUGUCUCGUUCCACGAUCCACCCGUUUCAGCAACCAAGGAAUUUCUACGCUUCGCCGAAGAAGUCAAUACAAAUCGAAUGCGCAUCAAUCGGCAUAGCAGCUCUCCGUUAAACGCCCGCAACAUCUUGACACGUAACAGUCGUGCUGACAGUCUAUGCGAAAUCAAUAAACUAGCACCUCAUGUCGACGACACCACAACGACCAAAACGGAAACUUCGGUGAAAUCAUUGAAGUUCUCUUCGGAUGAGGACGAAGAGGUGAACCCAUUACCGUUACUUACAUUUUCCAACAAGGCCGAAGUGCUACAACACGUCUUCGAUGAGUAUCCAUUGGAAGACGUUCUUGGCAAAUAUUUUGAGUCGGGAUUAACAUUGAACGACGCAUCGUCGAAAAUAUUUGCCAAUCGAUUGACAGACGUAAUGAAAAGCGACGAAUCAAAGAGAAAACUUGUGCUGGAAGACUUGUCCGAACAGUUUCCGAAAGAGUUUCUCGAUGUCGCUUUGGAGGAAAAUCAGAUAUCAACUGUAAUCGAACGGCUACCAGCAACGAAUAUGCUGAACUAUGUCACAGACCAAGCAAAGACCGACAACGAAUUGAAGCAUCUGUCGAUGGAUAAAUUUGCCGCUCUCCUGACUGAUUUAUCACCCGCACAAGGCGAACUGAACGACGAUGUGUAUCAGCUAUUGUUAAAGAUUAUAUCUCGCAAAAUGAGUGAUACGCAGUUGCUUGAUGUUUUGGGUGUACUUUUUGAGAAGAGACGAACAAAUAGCUGAAGCUAAGAAUUGUAUUUUUUUCAUUUAAUAACGUGAAGACUUUUCUAUUGAAUAAAAUUGAUGUUACAGCAA